AUGCCGAGCGGCUCCCAAGGCUCGCCGGCGAGGGCCCUCGUCAUUGAGCAGAGCGCGGAGGCGGCAUGGUCGACAAGUGCGGCGGCUCGCGCGACGGCGUAUGUACGUGGCCAGGCGAGCGACGGCGUACAGAUACGGCCAGAGUUGGAGCCGAGGCGGUUCGCCACGGGCGCCAUGGACACCGGCACUACCUUCCCGACGGUGCACUCCCUGGCGCAGUGCACGCCGGACCUCUCCUCAGGGGACUGCCUAGCGUGCCUCCGUCGUCUUCUUGGCAUGGUCAACUCCACCAUGUCCCAUCGCAUAGGAGGACAGAUGGGUGUCACACGGUGUUAUUUCAGGUACGAGACGACUCAGUUCUAUAAAGGAGAACCCAUGCUGCGUCUCGGGGCGCCAGAGCCACCGCCGUCAGCUCCAACUCUGACCAAACAAAAGAGCAGGCUGUGGGUAAUUCCCACAGUUGUAGUUCCUGUAGCAGGAGCAGCAUUUCUCUUCUUCGCCUUUUACGCCUGUCGACUCACAAAGCGAAGAAAAGGUAUGGUAUUUAGACGUGCUCUGAGUUCGGACGGAGAGGAACAACUAGUUUGGCAAGGGAAAAACUCAGAGUUCACGGUGUUCGACUUUCAACAGCUAUUGGAGGCCACCGAUAAUUUUUCAGAAGAAAAUAAACUUGGACAAGGUGGCUUUGGCUCCGUUUACAAGGGCCAGCUUCCUGGAGGAUUGAAGAUAGCAGUGAAGAGACUUGCUUCACAUUCUGGACAAGGAAUGAUAGAGUUUAAAACUGAAGUCCAGCUUAUAGCCAAACUCAAGCACAUGAAUUUGGUUAGACUCUUGGGAUGUUGCUCUCAAGAAGAAGAGAAAAUAUUGGUCUAUGAAUACUUGCCAAACAAAAGCUUGGAUUUCUUCAUCUUCGAUGAAAAUGAAAGAGCUUUACUGGAUUGGUCCAAACUUGUAGCAGUAAUUGAAGGAGUAGCACAUGGACUUCUUUACCUACAUAAGCAUUCCCGAUUACGUGUCAUACACCGAGACCUUAAACCAAGCAACAUUCUCUUGGACAGCGAAAUGAAUCCUAAAAUUUCAGAUUUUGGGCUAGCAAAAAUAUUCAGCUCAAAUACCACUGAAGGAAACACGACAAGAAGAGUUGUUGGCACAUAUGGCUACAUGGCCCCUGAAUAUGCUUCAGAGGGCGUCUUCUCAAUUAAAUCCGACGUAUUCAGCUUUGGUGUUAUUAUUUUUGAGAUCCUAAGUGGAAAACGGAACUCAAGUACCCAACACUGUGGUGAUUUCAUCAAUCUUCUGUGCCAUGCAUGGAAAUUAUGGGAAGACAGAAGGUGGACUGAUAUCGUUGAUACGUCUUUGGUUCCGAAUAGCCACUCCUCAGAGAUGAAGAGGUAUAUCAAAAUAGCCUUCUUGUGCGUACAAGAGAACGCCGCUGAUCGACCAACCAUGGCAGAUGUUAUUGCAAUGCUAAGCAGUGAGACUAUGGUCAUGGCUGAACCUAAGCAGCCAGCACAUUUCAAUCUAAGGGUUGGAAAUGAAGAGGCAUCCGGUGUUCUACAGUCAUGUAGUGUUAAUGAUUUGACCAUAUCUAUCACCAUUCCUAGAUAG